AUGGACGAAGUAUCAGUUUUGAAUUAUCUUGGGCCUCAUCCACAGAUUGUUCGAUUUCUGGGCAGCUACACAACGUCGAAGAACACGAGCUUUUUUACCAUGGAGUUGAUGGACAGCGACGUUGGACGGGAGUUGAGGGAAGGCAACGCAACCCUGCACGAGGAGGGCGUGUGUGCUGCCAUUGCGUACUCUGUCUUGCUCGCGCUUGAGGAGAUGCACUCUCACGCUGUAGCGCACCGAGACGUCAAGCCAGGCAAUAUUUUGCUGAAGCGUCUCACAGAACCAGAAGAAUGGGCGUGCAUUUACCUUUCAAGAGAUGACUUCAGCGCACGUCUACGGCCAAAAUCGUCGACCGGGUCGGCUUGCAAUCCAACGUGUUGCACGAGUAAUGAAGCAACUAGCCAUAUAAUUGUGCCGGGCAUCCGAAGCACAAGCGACAGUGCAUCGUAUGUCAAAGCUGCAUUGGGGGAUUUCAGCGCGGCUCACAGCACUCGUUGCGCCGACAACGUGACCUUUUUCGACACUCGUGGAACGCUUCACUACAAAUCCCCGGAACAACUUAUGGGCAAGCGCAGUAUCGUCUCCGAGAACUUUGCUGCUGCGGACCUCUGGGGACUAGGCUGCACUCUAUACGAGAUGGUCACCGGCACGCGACCUUUCCCGGGCAGCAGUGAACUGCAGGUGCUCAUGAGCAUUUUAGAUGCCUUGGGGAGUGACAUUCAGUCGUUCCCGGUGGCGACCAAGCACCCCGCACUCUUCGACGAAAUCCCCGCGUCGCCUGCAUUUGUGGACUUGUUGCAGCGCCUCCUCUGUCUCGAUCCGACGCGGCGCUGCACGGCGAAGGAGGCCCUGUGCCACUCGUUUUUAGCUUCCAUUCGCGACAGUGCCUUGCGCUGUGCCGACGCGGAGCGCCAAAUCUCGACCGAUCGUCUGCCGUAUGUGAUCGGGAUCCCAUUGACGCUCAAGUACGCAUCUUUCACACACAUUCCCGAUCUUCGCUUUAGUCGCAUUUCUCGGACACCGUUGAAGGCAACGGAAUCAGCUCCUUCAGGACUAAGCGCACCUCAGCAACCUCCUGGGAGCGGCCGCCCUGUGCCUCCACCUGCUUCAGGCACUGAAGUCGCUGCCCUCACCGUUGUACCCGAGCGCGAGGCCGCUGCUCACACAGGAUCCAAGCAUCGAGACCUGAAUCACUGGAGCGAUGGAGCAACCACUACACUAUGGAGGCGUGAAGGGGAUUGCGAGAACCAAGAAAAGGAGACACCGUCAAAGAAGCUGCCGCCGCCGCAGCAGCAUUGCUCCGAUACCACCGGAACCUCUUUCCUGAGCGAGAGUUCGUACCUGCACUGGAGCGAAAUUCGCCCCGCCGCGCGGCCCUCUGCGCCUCCGCUGGCGAAGCCGCUUCCGCACAAGGAAAACAGAGUACGGAGUGGCAGCGGUUGCAGAGCAGUGGCGUUCUUCAGCAACGCUGCCGUUGGCAGCACGCCAUCCUCAUCCACGAGUGCAAAUGAUCCACAGCCGCAGCCACAAUCCCUCUCGGGAUCGAUGCAUCGAACCGUCGACAUUGCAAGCCGAAACACCGUCUCACGCGCCCUCAACAUCAGUGACUCAAGCGUGAAAGGUGUUCGAACAGAGCGCAGUGCUUCGCACGUUGACUUUGAUCUCAGCCCCGUCCCAGCUACUCAGCUUUUCAGUACGGAAACGGACACGAGUGCGUGCUUGGUGCCGCACCCGGCCACUGCUUUCCUGCCGCGCCGUGCGCAGCCUGUUCUACAGCUGGCAAGCGGCAGCACUUUUACGGCAAGCAACCUGCGAGCCAACUCGUCCUUCGAGCGCGAGAACCUUAUGGUAGGCCGGUGCGGCGGCAAUGGAACAUCUACGUCGGCCGCCGUGGGCGUUGCAGGCCCAACGGCUGCCAUCCAUACAGGACGCUGCAGUACUCCGCACCAGCACCACGGACAGCGCCCAACCGCCUUCUCGGGCCGCGCGCUUUGCUUUUCGGAAGAGACGGACCCCUUUGCCCGCCGUAGCUGGGGCUCUAGUGCCGGUCAGCAGAGCUGCCUGAACUCACUCUUGACGUCCCCGGCUCCUGUGGGGCGACCGGCGGUCGAAGAAUGCUCACCACAGCCGUCACCGAUUCGCCCCAUCGGCGUUGCCACACGGUCGCCGUCGGGGUUGCCUGUUGCGGCAGACCGCAGCGGUUUAUUUUUGGACGACUCAGGCGUAGGUCUGGGGUGGAUCGGGAUGCCACCCACGACUCCAGCAGUGCAGGAGAGCAUCGGCGCCGGCGCCUGUGAAGCGGUGGCGGCGCUGAUGCCGGCACUGGCGCGUGAUGUAAGCAGGGGCUCAGAAGCAAGUGCAGCGGUGGCACCAAUGCUCUACUCGGUGCGCCUCCAGCCGUCGUGGAAUGCGAGCAGCACUACGGCGACCGGCAUCAUGCAGUCUCCAAACUCGCCGAGUGUACGCCGGUAUGUGCACCUCCUCGAGCCACCACCUGGCGGUUGUUCGAGCAGCCGUACCUGCUCCGCUGUCGCGCUGACGACAGGUGUGACUACUGCCUCUGUAGCUGAGCGACCAGAUGCAUCGUGCAGCAGCCAACGGCAGCGGCCAACGACCAGCCUCGCUUCCACUGGCGGCAGAGACGCGUCGAGUUCGCGUAUUAUGCCGCUGCCGAUUCCGCUCUCAGUGGCUACCGUCUGUCAGUCGGCAACGCGAUCGCUCUGCGUACCGACGUCACGAGCACUCACGCCGACCAGCCGCGCGCUCCAUGAGACGCCACGCACGCAGCGCUUCUCUUGCCCUACGUCUGCGCUGCGGACGGGGCACACUGGUCAUAAGAACGGCAACCAGUGGGGUAGCUCGCAGCCACAGGGUGCCCUCACGUCUUGUGUGCACGGCAGCGACGAUAUUCUCAGCGCCACUCCAUUUUUGUGCAAUCAGGAUGUUAAUGCGUCUGUGAUUCACCUGGCGCACAAAGUCUGCACGAGCGUUGGCUUGACAGGAUCUGGUAGUGGCGCCGCACCGACUUUGCGCUGCGCGGCCGCGUCGCCGCUGAGCUCGCUGGUUGCGUGUGCUCACUCUUCCCAGCUUCACUGCACCCCGUCGUCAAGCGACCCUGCGCCGGAGAUUGCUGUGUCGAUCAACUGUGACGGCUUCAGCCACCCCGCAGUGGCGAACGAGGCCUCCCCAAGGCCUGAUGUCACUGCUGUGUGUGCAUCGUGGGCGGUGCCUUCCACGGGGGGGCCACAUACGCCGCUGCCCGUGCAUGACUCCCCAUCGCCUCUCUCGCAACCUUGCGAUGCUCCUUUGCUCCAGUUGAGCUCUGCCAGCCUCGACAGCCACCGCCGGUCAGUGAAGGGUCACGAGUGUGAUCGCAUCGAGACCCCGCAAAGCAAACGGCGUGAGUCCAUGAAGCGGGCGCGCGAGGAGGCUAUGAACAGUGAAGACGUAGCCGCGGUGCGGCAGAGCGCGCGGGUUGUGUGA